AUUUGUCUGCACAACUUCAACAGCCAAGUGGUGGAAAGACACAACAAACCUGAGGUUGAGGUGCGAUCCAGCAAGGAGCUGGUGAUGACACCUGUUGUGGUGAGCCGCAAUGAGAAAGAACGAGUCCUGAUUGAACCUUCAAUAAACUCUCUUAGAGUCUCCAUAGCCAUCAAGCAGGCUGAUGACAUCGAGAGGAUAUUGUGUCACAAGUUUAUGAGGUUCCUUAUGAUGCGGGCUGACAAUUUCAUCAUUCUGAGACGCAAGCCAGUUGAAGGCUACAACAUUUCCUUCCUCAUCACCAACUUCCACACGGAGCAAAUGUACAAGCACAAGCUCGUUGAUUUUGUAAUUCAUUUUAUGGAAGAGAUUGACAAGGAGAUUAGCGAGAUGAAGCUGGCUGUCAAUGCCAGGGCCAGAGAAUGUGCUUUGGAGUACCUCAAGAGGUUCUGAGUCGAUGAAAACGUCUCGGCUACCGUGCAUUCCUGUGGACGAUGCAAUUGGUGCAACUGUGGAUCUUUCCGUCAUCUUGAUAGCACAUAGAGAUGAACAAGAAAUAAUUGGUUACACUUUUAUCCAAUUUCAAAAGCGGCUUUAAAAUUAUAUCCAUACUCCUACAAUUUAUGAUCAAGUAACACGUAAUUUUCCACUCAUAUCCUGAUAGGAUCCCGAAGUUUAUUUUUAUUUAAGAAACGACACCCAAAUAAUCUCUUGUGUACCAUAACACUUGAUGCACCGAAUGGCAUUGUCCAAGAAAGAUAGCUCAUCUUAAUUGCAAUUAUGUGUUGUUCAACACUGCCAAGUAUGUAAAAUCAUGCUGUACUUUAGGUAGAAAUUGUUAAUUACAGUUCGCCUUGAUAUCUUCAUGAUUGCUGAGGAUAUUAUUGAUAGGUGACAGUUGAACCCCUUGAUUUACAAUUUCUGUUGAAAUUCAAAAGUCAAGAUUAUUUCUCUGAUACGAGAAAUAGAAUAUUCCAUGCCUGUUGGCAAAUGAUCCUAGUUAUGUAGUUCUGUGAAAAAUAAUCUAUAGUUAUGAUGUUUACCUAUCGUAUUCCUGUUAGUGUUAUUUUGUAUAGUCAGAAUUGUCAUGAUAUUGCCUAAUAGCCCAUCUUUCUUGACGCUGUCCUCAAAAUUAAGAAGGUUCUCACACCAUCAUACCUGCAUUCAUGCCACUUCAUUUCUUGAUGUACAUUGUUAAUGUAUCGCCCUAACGGAGUCUUACUCUCUAAGUUGUAUAAAAUCCGAAAAUUUUUCAUUUGUAUGGAUGGUCGGUACAUAGCAGUCGGAUCAAUAAUGAUGUUGGUUGAUCUAACAACAAUUAACUGUUAUUUUGAUGAUCUCCGGGGCUGACAUUCCCAGUCAUUUGUCCAUAUCUUAUUAUUGAAGCUGUAGACUUUUCUAAGAUCUUUAUAUUCGUAAAUUCUGGACUCUUCAAGUUCAGAAGAGACAAGAAAACUGUUUAGUGUAUUUAGUUAGAAAAUAGUAAUUAUCAAAUAAUUUAUGCAUCAGCUGAUUUUCGGAUAGAGAUCUCAAGGUAAUCUGUUGAUAUCGUUAAAUUGGAAUUGUACAUUCACGGUAUUUCUUGUAGUAACGUAAAUUAUUUCUUCUGGGCAAUAGCAGCAAUUUGUUCAAACGGUUGCAUGAGAUCUGUCAAGUGUUUAGAAGAGAACCUUCAGAGAGGAAAGGGUAAACAUGUCCUCUUGUAGCUUCAUUAAUAAGGCGACAUGACUUCAUACUGGCAUUGUAUUCAUUAAUCACUUGUUUUUUUCGCUUGAGCAUUAAUGGCCUAUGUUUAACUUGCUUAUAAUUAAUUGUUUCUGCUUUUUUGUGUUAUUUGCUUACUUUAGAAUGAACAAUUCAAUGACAUCUGAUAAGUAAAAUUUUUCUUUUAUGUCGUGUACCGUACAUAUAUUCAAAAGGACUAAUUUUAUUCAUCUCCUCUUCAAGUAGAUUUUCUUACGUCUUAAUAGACUGAUCAUUAUUAUUUCCAAGGCGUAUAAUUUUCGUGGGAAAUUUCACUGAGAUAAAUAUGUAGGGGAAGAACCUCUAAGGAUGAAGGCCAUACUUUGAAUCGGAACGUAAUAUGCUGUUACAGAUAUUCAAGCUUUUAUUCCUAUUUAGGGCUAAUCGGCGAUCAAUUGUGUAGUAGGAAUUUUCAGUGCUGACUUCAUGGGCCUAAUUCAUAGUGAAUAGAAAACGAUAUUUCGUCUAAAACAUUGUUAUUGUGAUCUUUUUUCGUCUUGAAAGCUCAACUUCCUUUUGACGAAUGGAACAUUAUCCUCUUUUGAUAUCAAUUCUUUAAUAUUACGUCCUCGUACCAUUGUUUUUUUUUAUGUUUAUGCUUUAUGAUUAUAUGGCGUGCUUAUGAAAAUCUUGAUUCCAUCGAUCUAAGUGUACAUCCAGGCAUAAAAAUUAUGUUGCUUGGA